CGCUCAGCGACCGCCGGGGCCGGAGCCACUUGUGGCGACGACGGGGCCAUGAGCGGGCGGUUCACCGUCACCGGCGGCGGGGGCGAUGGCAAUCCCAAGGAGAGCAGCCCCUUCAUUAACAGCACGGACCUGGAGAAGGGCAAGGAGUAUGAUGGCAAGAACAUGGCCCUCUUUGAGGAGGAGAUGGACACCAGCCCGAUGGUCUCGUCCCUGCUGAGUGGACUGGCCAAUUACACCAACCUGCCACAGGGCAGCAGGGAGCACGAGGAGGCUGAGAACAAUGAUGGAGGCAAGAAGAAGCCGGUGCAGGCCCCACGGAUGGGCACCUUCAUGGGUGUCUACCUGCCCUGCCUUCAGAACAUCUUUGGAGUCAUCCUCUUCCUGCGUCUCACCUGGGUGGUGGGCAUCGCUGGCAUCAUGGAGUCAUUCUGCAUGGUCUUCCUCUGCUGCUCCUGCACGAUGCUGACGGCCAUUUCCAUGAGUGCGAUCGCCACCAACGGUGUGGUGCCAGCGGGUGGCUCCUACUACAUGAUCUCACGCUCCCUGGGACCUGAGUUUGGUGGGGCUGUGGGGCUCUGCUUCUACCUGGGCACCACCUUUGCCGGUGCCAUGUACAUCCUGGGCACCAUCGAAAUCCUGCUGGCCUACAUCUUCCCAGCCAUGGCCAUCUUCAAGGCAGAGGAUGCCAGCGGGGAGGCAGCUGCAAUGCUCAACAACAUGCGUGUGUAUGGCACCUGUGUGCUGACCUGCAUGGCCACCGUCGUGUUCGUGGGUGUCAAGUAUGUCAACAAAUUUGCCCUGGUCUUCCUGGGCUGUGUCAUCCUCUCCAUCCUUGCCAUCUACGCUGGUGUCAUCAAAUCAGCCUUUGACCCACCAAGCUUCCCGAUCUGCCUCCUGGGCAACAGGACCCUCUCACGCCACGGCUUCGACCUCUGCACCAAGAUGGUGGUGGAGGGGAACGAGACAGUUGGCUCCAAGCUCUGGGAGCUUUUCUGCACCUCCCGCUUCCUCAAUGCGACCUGCGAUGAGUAUUUCACCAUGAACAAUGUCACUGAGAUCGAGGGCAUCCCUGGUGCUGCCAGCGGCCUCAUCCAAGAGAACCUCUGGAGCUCAUACCUGACCAAGGGCGUGAUCGUGGAGAAGCGGGGGCUGCCCUCAGUGAGCUCCCCCGACACCCCAGUGGACAUGGACCAGCCCUACGUCUUCAGCGACAUGACGUCCUACUUCACCCUGCUCGUCGGCAUCUACUUCCCCUCGGUGACAGGCAUCAUGGCUGGCUCCAACCGCUCUGGGGACCUGCGGGAUGCACAGAAGUCCAUCCCCACGGGCACCAUCCUGGCCAUUGCCACCACCUCUGCGGUCUAUAUCAGCUCUGUUGUCCUCUUUGGAGCAUGCAUCGAGGGGGUCGUCCUGCGUGACAAGUUUGGUGAGGCUGUCAACGGGAACCUGGUGGUUGGCACCCUGGCGUGGCCGUCCCCGUGGGUCAUUGUCAUUGGCUCGUUCUUCUCCACCUGUGGGGCUGGGUUGCAGAGUCUCACCGGAGCCCCCCGCCUCCUGCAAGCCAUCUCCAGGGAUGGGAUCGUACCCUUCCUCAGGGUCUUUGGCCAUGGCAAAGCCAACGGGGAGCCGACAUGGGCCCUGCUGCUCACAGCCUGCAUCUGCGAGAUCGGGAUCCUGAUCGCCUCCCUGGACGAGGUGGCUCCCAUCCUCUCCAUGUUCUUCCUCAUGUGCUACAUGUUUGUCAACCUGGCGUGUGCGGUGCAAACGCUGCUGCGGACGCCCAACUGGCGGCCCCGCUUCCGCUACUACCACUGGACCCUGUCCUUCCUGGGCAUGAGCCUCUGCCUGGCGCUGAUGUUCAUCUGCUCCUGGUACUACGCACUGGUGGCCAUGCUGAUCGCUGGCCUCAUCUACAAAUACAUCGAGUACCGCGGGGCGGAGAAGGAGUGGGGUGACGGGAUCCGGGGCCUGUCCCUGAGUGCAGCCCGCUAUGCCCUGCUGCGGUUGGAGGAAGGGCCCCCGCACACCAAAAACUGGAGGCCACAGCUGCUGGUCCUGGUCCGUGGGGAUCAGGAGCAGAACGUGGUGCACCCGCAGCUCCUGUCCUUCACGUCGCAGCUCAAGGCUGGGAAGGGCCUCACUAUCGUGGCCUCUGUGUUAGAAGGGACCUUCCUGGACAACCAUCCUCAGGCACAGAGGGCGGAGGAGUCCAUCCGGCGCCUGAUGGAAGCAGAGAAGGUGAAGGGCUUUUGUCAGGUGGUGAUCUCCUCUAACCUGCGGGAUGGCAUGUCCCACCUCAUCCAGUCCAGCGGGCUGGGGGGGCUGCAGCACAACACAGUGCUGGUGGGCUGGCCCCGCAGCUGGCGCCAGAAGGAGGACCACCAGACCUGGAGGAACUUCAUUGAGUUGGUGCGAGAGACCACAGCUGGGCACCUGGCCUUGCUGGUGGCCAAGAAUGUUGCCAUGUUUCCGGGCAACCAGGAGCGGUUCUCAGAGGGCCACAUCGACGUCUGGUGGAUUGUCCACGAUGGGGGGAUGCUGAUGCUGCUGCCCUUCCUCCUGCGGCAGCACAAGGUGUGGCGUAAGUGCAAGAUGCGCAUCUUCACGGUGGCACAGAUGGAUGACAACAGCAUCCAGAUGAAGAAGGACCUGACCACGUUCCUGUACCACCUGCGCAUCACCGCAGAGGUGGAGGUGGUGGAGAUGCACGAGAGUGACAUCUCUGCCUACACCUAUGAGAAGACGCUGGUGAUGGAGCAGCGUUCCCAGAUCCUCAAACAAAUGCACCUCACCAAGAAUGAGCGGGAGCGGGAGAUCCAGAGCAUCACGGAUGAGUCCCGUGGUUCCAUCCGGCGCAAGAACCCGGCCAACACACGCCUGCGCCUGAACGUCCCCGAGGAGCAGGCUGCUGACGGCGAGGAGAAGCCAGAGGAGGAGGUCCAACUAAUCCAUGACAAGAAUGCCACCACCUUCUCCAGCAGCUCUCAGUCCCCUGGUGAUGAGGUGGAGGCAGCCCCUGAGAAGGUGCAUCUCACCUGGACCAAGGAGAAGUCCGUUGCUGAGAAGAACAAGAGCAAGAGCCCUGUCAGCCCUGAGGGCAUCAAAGACUUCUUCAGCAUGAAGCCGGAGUGGGAGAACCUGAACCAGUCCGACGUGCGGAGGAUGCACACGGCCGUGAGGCUCAAUGAGGUGAUUGUGAAGAAGUCCCACGAUGCCAAGCUGGUCCUGCUGAACAUGCCAGGGCCUCCCCGUAACCGGAAAGGGGAUGAGAACUACAUGGAGUUCCUGGAGGUGCUGACGGAGCAUCUGGACAGAGUGCUCCUGGUGCGUGGUGGGGGCCGGGAGGUCAUCACCAUCUACUCCUGAAAGACGGCUCGCGAGAGCACCAGAUCUUCCGGGAGCAUCCAGCACCAGAGCAGCUGUUCCUCAUUGCAACACCACAGCACUGCUGUCCUUGUUUAUAUAUAAAUAUAUACAGUGAACCGCGGACUGAGCACCAGAGCUCGGCGCUGCCGCCACCGCCCG